AUGGCGCCCCCCAACCGUGUGGAAAAGAUGAAGGCGCUGGCGCGGCUUCAGUCUCAGCGCAGUCUGAGAAUCAGACCCUCCGAGGAGGAGCCUGAGUACCUGUGCCAGAUCUGCACGAAGUCGUUUAGCAGCGCACAGGCCCUUGGGGGACACAAGAACGCCCACCGGCGGGACCGAGAGGAGACGAGGAAGGAGCUUGCUGGGGCCGCUCCUGGCGCUAGCAGGGUCCCACCGCCCCCAGCUGGUUUCCCCUGCAUGUAUUUAAUGGCUCCGCAGCAGGCUGUGUACGUGCCCAGACGUGGAUUCUCUCAUCAAGCGCCUGGUCCCGGUCUUGUGCUCCCGCCUGGCAUCUGGCCGUCGAAGCAUUUCCUUGUGGGGGAGGGGUCAGUUACCGUGAAAACGUCCAGACUCUCUCGGGAGGCUUCGAGCUCUUCUUCAAAGAAACCAGGGGCGGGUCUGCGCGCUGAGCAUAGUACAUGCCAAGUGUCUCAUCCCUCUUCUCAGCCCAUGAUGAUGAUGCCUGCCUACAACCACUUUCAGAAUGGAAACGUAGAGGAGGAAGAAGACGAGCUCGACCUGUCACUACAUCUGUAG